AUGGUGGACGACUUCGCCCAUGACUUCAAACGGCAUAUCAAACUCAAAGAAGAUCGGAUACGAGAGUUAGAAGCCGAGCUUGAGGAAGCAAACAACAUCAGAGCUCAACUAACUUCGCGGAUUGCGUGGUCUGGAAAGGAGGAUGAUGCAUCGUGGGAACAGAACCGCGAGGCCAAAGAUGCCCUCCGGAUUCUGCUAGCCGCGAAAGACCCCAAGAACUUCAUCUGCGAAUCUCCUACCUCUGAACCAAUAACUUCAAUCAAUUACUCUAUCCUAGCCAGCGCAUACCGCUCUACAUAUCAGGAGCUUAGCACUCUGGCCCGUGCUUUCUGGGCGGUUAGGAACAAGCUAGAAACAACCCAAAAGAAGGCCAGUGCUUGGUUCCGCAGCUUCGAGCAGGACUCCUUUCAAGUCAAUAUAAAAGGAGAAGUAAUUACUUUUCGGCGAGCAGCUGCGUGCGGUAUCUCUGGCGAGGGCGAGAGAGAAACUGAAACUGCAAUCCCACAACAAAGGGUGCUUGAUAAUACUAGGUCACCACCUCCUACAUUAAGCACAAAUUCGAAUCGGUCCAUUACUAGAAGCGAAUCUGAGCAAGAUCAAGAGCUGAUUCCAACCCAAUCUCAGGAGCCAGGAUUUAGUCCGGUUCAUCCGCCGUCACUUGUCCACAGCUCCUCGGGAGGGCCCGAGUUUCUAUCCUCGAGGCCUGUGAGAAAAAGGAAUGUCGAGAACGUUGCGCCAAUACAGGUUGCCGCAUCCCCGGUCCGAACUGGAAGUUUCACGCGGCCCGUUACACUUAAAAGCGAGCCUUCUUCCCGUGAAACGCAGAGCAAUACCCCUCUGAAUAAUUGUCCCGAUGAAAUGCAACAUUUAACUACGAGAACGGUCGGUGUUCCUACCGGUAUAGCUGAGGAAGCCCUACUUGCGGGUGAAACGGCUCAAGAUCACCGACAGCAGUCCGAGAACAGGCAGCGCACUUCCGGAACAAAACGUCGGCAAGCGCUCCAAGAAGUGGACCCUAACCUACCAGUUUCUCCGCGACAGGGAGCGAUCGCGAGUGGAAAGCGAAGAAGAUUUGCAUCCCGUGGCGCAGCUGCUAUUCCAUCUGUCGCAGAGGAUGGAGAACCAGAAGGUUGCAGCUAUGAGCACCAAAACGGACAAGGAGGGGGUGUUGCGGGCCCUACAAAUCGUUUUACGGUAGCUCGCCGAGUACAGGACCUCCUUGAUACCCCUCCGCCGCCUCGACCUGUAUUACUCACAACCCCACGAACUGCUCUCAGAGCACCCUCACAUGCCAGAACACCCCCAGCUAAGAGUCCAAACAAGCGCCCUAGUACGAUAGAUCGUGAUGGGGCUGGCGAUCAGGUUCUUCCCGAGGAAGAGCCGCUUCGCUGUCGCCCAUUGCAUCGACUCGGCCUUGAACAUUUCAGAUUGAACCCCGAAAUGAACCAAGGUUUGGAUUACGCAACAUCUCCAGAUACUCGAACAACACCGUGGAGGUAA